CGUAUCACUAUUCAUUAUGAAGCUGCUUGGUCGCCUGAGGUUCGGCAUGAUAUUUUGUUGAAUUUGGACAAUUUUCUCGUAGGAAAAGUAGGAAAAAAACUACUAGUAUUUUUGUAUUGACUUUAUUUGAUAGUGCUGGGGUUUUUUUUAUGGCUGGACAUUGUGAACACUAGUAUAUUUAUUACAGUAACAACCUGUGGACAUUCGGCACAUUUGGCAACAUAUGUGAUUAUAAAUGUGAAGAAGUAUUUAUCGAAAAUGUUUCGCCGCGUGCGUGUAAUCUUUGGGAUUCGUUCAAAUUCAAUUUUUGUGUUGCUGUAUUUAUUUGGUGUAGCCUUAAUUUUCUACAUUGGACUGUAUUCUGCAAGUACUGUUGUUGUUGAAAACUCUUCUUGUGGAUGCACUUGUGUCAACACGACAUCGACAUCUGAAGAUAAUAAAAAUUGCUUACAAUCAAAAAUAAAUUCUAAAGUGAGGCGUACCGAGACAUUUUUGUUAAUAAUUGUUUUGACUGGACCCAGGAAUAUUGAACGAAGGAAUGCGAUGAGAUUGACUUGGUUGAAUGUGACAAAAUUUCCAUCUGUCAGCAGAAGAUUUGUUAUUGGCACGUCUGAAUUAGAUAGCAAUACAAAGGAAUCACUUGAACAAGAACAAAAGUUACAUGGAGACAUGUUAUUUUUACCAGAAUUUAAGGAUGCAUACAACCAACUGACUAAAAAGUUAUUGAGUGCUUUAUUAUGGAUAAAUGAACAUAUAGACUGUUCCUUUGUUAUGAAAGUUGAUGAUGAUACAUUUGCUAGACUGGAUAUCAUUGAGCAGGAACUUAAAAUAAAAUAUCAUCUGAUUGAUAAUUUAUAUUGGGGUUUUCAUCGUGGUAGUUCAAGAGUGAAAUACAGUGGACCAUGGGCUGAGCCUAAAUGGAUUCUGUGUGAUCGAUAUUUACCAUAUGCCCUUGGUGGAGGUUACAUUGUAUCAAGGAAGCUAGUUGAAUAUAUUUCUAAUAUUUCAUCUCUUCUUGUUCUAUACAAUAGUGAAGAUGUUUCCUUAGGUUUGUAAUUGAUUAUCUAUUGAUGUAAAAUUCAUGGGUAUCAGUCAAAUGAAUGAGGGGUAGAUGAAGCACUUAGCCACAAAUAUUGCAGUCUUUUUAAUAUGUCUCAUAGUGAAGAUGAAAGAAGUGGAAAAUUAUCAUUUCAAAUUAGAGCCUGCAGGAAAUCAGUGGUGGAUUUAUAUGGGGUGCUAUAGAAGAUACAGAGGUGCUAUAGAAGAUAUAAUUAUUUUAAAUAUCCACUUUAAUUAAACCAAUAUCAAACCAAUAAUAAUUAAACCAAUAAUUCAAUAAGUUGAUCUUAAGAUCAACCCCCAUUUUUACCAGUUAUUUGUUCAUGUUUAUUUUGAAUUGAAACCUUUCUAGGCACUUGGCUCAGUCCAAUUCAGUUAACAAGAAUUCAUGAUCCAAGAUUUGAUACAGAAUGGCGGUCCCGUGGUUGUAGGAAUGCUCACAUUGUUAGUCAUAAACAAUCUAUAGAAGAUAUGUACAAUAAGUUUAGAAUGUUGCAGAAUCAUGGGAAACUUUGCAUGAAAGAAGAAUUUCUUGCACAAUCUUUUAUUUAUUCUUGGAAUGUCCCACCAUCACAAUGUUGUGAAAGAAAAUAUGGCAUUCCCUGACAUAAUUACUAUAUUUUGAUGGCUAUUUAAUUUUAAUACUUACAAAUUAAAUUAAUUUGCACAAUAUAUAAGAUAUGUACAUUCGUAAAAGUAAUUUGGAAGUCUACAAUAUUUGAGGGGCAAUUACCAUUCCAGAGGUGAAACUAAAGUAUUUUUUACAUGCACAGUUCCAAGAGCAUGCUUUUGUUGGUAUACUUCUAUAAUUAGAAGGAUUACUACAGUUUCCCAUACAGUCUCAUAUAUACAAUUGUUACAAUAACAUCAACUUUUGUGAAUGAUCUCUUACUAUUAAUAUUCUGUU